AUGUUCAUUCCAGGAAUUGUUCAGGCCUUGGCCUCGGCCCUUACCUUUGGAAUCGUCAUCCAAGCCGCGACCCCCGCCGUCUUUCCUUUAGCAAAGGGCCAUGGCUCAAAGAUCUUUCGGGACGGCCUGAGGCUGGUCCUCAUCACAUUCCUUGUAUCAUCGGCCCUGUGGGCUCAAACAGACUUCACCGGCCUCACACUCAAUCCAACCUCGACUGCCGGAUGUCAAGUCACCGUAAUUUUUACUACCAUCUUCGAUCAACUCGCCCGAUUCGCCAUCGAGCAGUUUCUACUAUGGGCCAUCAACGCGAACGCGAGAGCGCCGGCGAGCGCCAUGGUCUACCAAGCGGUCCUCGGCGUGCGAUUUAUUCUGGGCGCCGUCUUUGUUGGGUUCCAAAAGGCUCAGAUUGCCACCGUCUGUGUAGCCAGGAAUGAUCUUCUGGCUAUCGGUGCCACCGUCAUAGUCACAGACUUCGCCGUGAUUGCCGCGCUCGCCUUCAGAGCCAACUCGAUUGGCAUCACGAGCGUGCAAGUGAAGAAGGCCAUCUUCUGGACCAUUGGCGCCCUCGCCCUCUGGACGGCGACCAGUAUCCCAAUGCUUCUGGGCAUAGACACUAUUGAGCUGAUCUUCAGAACUGGUCUCCCCGCCACUGGCCUGUCAAUCCUCCUCAGCAUCCUUACAGGCUAUCUCGGAAUCUUGCUGCCCCCUCGCCCAAAGCAAGAAGUUCACCCGGAUGCCCAGUCCCCGCGAAACAUCAGUCCCAGCAGAGACAUCUCAACUUCAGAUACCGACUAUCCGCCGUCGCGAUACGAGGACCUCAAGGGAGGCACGAUUACGACUGUCACGGCAUUCAACCAGCCUGUUGAUUUUGGUGAAGGUGGCAUCGCUCUGCCUACCAUACCUAGCAUCGCCCCGGGUCAGGCAUCUACUGGUGUUGGCGGUGUUCCCGUGCACGGCCAGCUCUUCCCACCGAUUCGGGCCCAGACGGCUCCUCCCAGGCAAAGCAGGAGCAUGGACGCAAGGCCUAACAUCAUGAAGGGACGGAGUAUCUUUGACAAGAUUGGACCAGGUUCGAACAUCAAGAACGCCAUUUCCAACCCGAUCCUCCAGGACAGCGGAGAGCAGAACCCCCUGAGUAAGAUCGCCACCAUUGACCUAGCCACGGCUGCCAAGAAUGAUAGGGAGAAGAGGGGCAACGAUAUGACGUUGAUGCAAAGGAAUUCGAGUUUCAACGCGCAGCGCCCGGCUCCUAAGCCCCCAGCGAUUACUCCGGAAGGGGCUCUCAAGCGUGCUCAGAGUGGCAAGAGGAAGGAAAUCGGUCUGAAAUCGCCUCCCGCGAAACCGCAGCGACUCAGGUCGGUUGGGCUCAUGUCGAACCCUCCCGCAACGACUUCGUCCGCCCAGCUUUCUCCCGGCGUGGAGGAAAUCAGACGCAGAUCGCCUAGGCAGAUGCCAGAGACCCUCCAGGAGCUGGAGAACGAGAAUAGACCGGCCACGCCCCCGCAAACCGCACCCGUGAGCAGCAUCUCUCCGCCUCGUCCGCAACGGCCGGAAAGGCCCCUGAGCCCAUUUAAGACGAUGGACAGAUCGGCUAGCCAACGCACCGUGGAGAGGACUAUGAGCGUG